AAAGAUCUCUAAAGGGGAGACCACGCACCCGGAUCAGCCCGAAAUUGUCCCGCCCAGCUUUUUGAAAAUCCUGUGAAGCUGCCUACGUCACGGUGCUCUGGCGCUCAAUGGCGGUAGAAAACAGAGGCAAGGUGCUGAGCUGGCAAUUGGCGAGCAAUGGCGGUCCAUGGCUGCCUACAGACGGCCUGCAUGACGGCCAGCCCUUUGUUCAAACAGAGUAUGAAGCUUGCAAUCGCAAAAGCGGAAGCCAAAGUAAAGCAGGAGCCAGAAGCGGAAGCCAGAGGCAACAGAGAGCAGGGAACCUGUAGGGGACAAGCUCAGCAGCGGUGGUAGGGGAGGAAGCGCCUAGUCCUCUCUAAAGGAGAUCAGGAGCGGAAAGGCCAUGGUCGAAGGGGAUGGUCCACCAUCGAGAGGGUUGCAGCUGGUCCUCCCCUCCCAGCUGAAAUGCAUCUUUCGACGCUCAGCAGUGCAGCAGGGCAAGGGGGCUUGUCUCCGAUUCGCGUAUCCUGCCGGGGGGCCGCCUGUCAGAGGAACCCUCCUAUAAGCCCACGAGUCCCACUUAUGUCAAGGUGCGCACUCCAGAGGAGAUUGAGGCCACGCGGGCAGCGAGCGACAAGAGACAAAGGACCGGUGAUCCGUUGCAUUUUCGGGAGGGCUUCUUCGAGCCUGGGCAGCCCAGCGCACACGAGCACCAGGUGUCCAAGCUUCGGCGCAAACUUUCCUGGCGACCAGUUCUGAUGACGUCAGCUUUCGGCCAUGCCACCUGGAAUGCUUGCUGUAGUCGAUGGCACGGGUCCUUGUCCAAGGUGUCCAAGCUUUUGUGCAAACUUUCGCUCAAUGGACAGCGGCUCGUGCAAUCGAACACAGUCAUCAGCCUUGGAGUAAGAGCAAGUCGGUCAAGUUGUCAGCCUUGGCGCUGUCAAGGCUUUAACACAUAUCCAAGAUGCAUGCAACCACAUAUAGUCGUUCCUCAUGUAUAUGAAGCUAUGGUAGCGGGCUUUCAAACAACACUGUUGCGUCCGUGCCACAUAGCGCUGUCUGGUA